GUAAGUGGGCGAAGGUACUUGCAAGUGAUUAACGAGGAGAUCGUACCACAGUCAUUGGACCAACCUUUUAAGAGACAGGUUCGAGGAGUGUACCUGCAUCUUUGGUGGAUUCAGGACUAGCACUCCUGUCCUUUGAUCCAACAUCGUUCGAGAUAGACUCAAAGAACUCUUUGGACAUUAAGUUGUUGCCCUCAACCAUGAAGUAGAAUGGCCACCAAGAUCCCCUGACCUCGCGCCCUGUGAUUAUAUCCUUUGGGGACACUUAAAAACAAAGCAGCCAGGUUUCUCAAGCAAGAUUACACCACAUCCAGACUGUGCUCCGACCCCAUCUCAGACUGUGCCACUCUGCUACCACAGUGACAAGCCAACCCGACAUGAAGGUUACCAUUCUCUCGGCCCUGGAGGACAACUACAUGUACCUCUUGUCCGAUGAGGACACCAAGGAAGCUGCCAUUGUAGACCCUGUCAACCCAGAAAAGGUUGUGCAAGCUGUGAAAGAUGGAGGUUAUAACUUGACGACAGUUUUGACCACUCAUCAUCACUGGGAUCAUGCAAGUGGUAAUGAGAAACUGGCCGAAUAUUACAAAGGUGGAUCGCUCACCGUGUGUGGGGGAGACGAUCGCAUUGGUGCUCUUAAUAAGAAAGUAGGAGACGGAGAUCAAUUCAAGAUUGGUAGUCUUCAAGUAACAUGUAUGUUCACACCCUGCCACACGAAAGGUCACAUCUGCUACUACAUCCAAGGAGAUGCAUCCGAGGAUCCAGCUGUAUUUACAGGUGAUACGUUAUUCAUAUCUGCCUGCGGGAAAUUCUUCGAAGGCACUGGUGAUCAGAUGUACACCGCCCUCAUUGAGAAGCUCAGCAGACUGCCUGACAACACCAAGGUUUACUGCGGUCAUGAAUAUUCAGUGUCCAGUCUGACCUAUGCCCUCACGGUGGAACCAGAUAACAAGGAUCUCCAAAAGAAGUUAGAAUGGGCAAAGGAGCAGAGAGCCAAGAAAAUGCCUACAGUACCCUCUUCUAUCGCGGAAGAAAAAUCGUAUAAUCCUUUUAUGAGAGUCAGAGAGGCAUCCAUCCAGAAGUAUGUAGGUAACACUGAGCCCAUUACAGUGAUGGGUCUAUUACGCAAAGACAAGGACAACUACAAGCCCAAGAAAUGAAGGCAUCAAUCAACAACAUUUCAUCAGUAAUGGGGUUUUGCAUGAAAUUAAUACCUUCAAUUGCAAAUCAAGUGCAAGUCUCCAAAGCAAGAAUUGAAUUGUGGUUGUAUGCAGAUCAGUGAAAAAUUUGCAUUUAAUCAAAGGACUUGCAUUUAAUAGUUCGAACUUCGUUGAUUUGUAGUUGAAAAUAAGUUUGUUGCAGAGCACGUUUGGCCCGAAAGUGGUUUUAAUUGUACCAUGGUACAAAACCAUGGAAUACAACAGAUUUCUCGUAUUACCACACUUCAUUCAGUCAUGAAUGAAGCACACAUUUAUAAUUGGACGUUUCGUUAUGUAAGCAAUGAAAAUGAAACAAUUAUCUACAUAAAAUCUUCAUAGUCUAUGGUUUUGUAACAUUUGUCCAAUUGAAACAAAUUUUGUGAAUUUGGGCCAUUUAAUUUUCUACUUCAUAUAGGCUUAAUUUUAAUGAUGCAUUAACAAUAAUAAUCAUGCUCGAUGGACUGUAGCAGGACUACUCAUAUGAUGUAGUUGUUCACUGGAAAGGUACUCUUCAGUCCUUAUUGCCCUGUUUCAAUAGAGCUUCGCAAUUGAUCUUGAAACUGAUUUCUAAGGUUGAUUGCAUUUGUUAUUGUGUGUAAUCACUUGUAAAUAUCAGACCUUCGGACAAUCGUUAUGCUUUAUGCCUCGGGUCCAAGUAUAUUUAAUU